AGGAAGAAGCUCGGAAAGUCGUCUACGACAUAGCUCCGUAUCGCUGCUUUCGCCAUCGCGUGUUCGAGCUUUCUUCGUCUCCCUUUGUCUUCUCUCCCUCAUCCGCACGUCUUUAAAUCUCAAACCCUGCCACCACAUAGGUUCAAUUGACAAUUGGCGGUCUAGCAUACUUUGCUCUAACUUUGCUCGAAAUCCACACUAUCCUGACCAACAACAAUGCAGUUCCCCCAAUCGCAGCAGAGCUCCUUGUCGCGACUUUUGCUCGCGGGGCUUGCUUUGACUAACUCAGGGCUCGCUGUCCCCGUGCAAGACAGCCCGCGCCAAUACCUUCUAGCUGGUCUAGAGCUACCUGCUAAAUAUUCGAAGAAGACCAAGUCACCGUACAAUCCGGACUACAGAGAUCCCUAUGACGGCGCCGUUGAUGCGAUUGGAGAGAAAUUGGACCCUCUGCCGUAUCGCAACGGCUUGGGCGCCUCUGUCCUAGGACCAUGGAAUUGGGAGCGCUCUCGUCAGAGCCCGGAUCUCGUGCGCCCACCUAGCACUGACCAUGGCAACAUGGGUAACAUGCGAUGGAGCUUUGCCGACUCGCAUGUGCGAAUUGAGGAGGGCGGCUGGACCCGUCAGACUACAGUUCGGGAGCUGGGCACGAGUGUCGACCUUGCCAGUGUAAACAUGCGACUCGAUAAGGGGGUUAUUCGCGAGCUACAUUGGCACAAGGAGGCUGAAUGGGCGUACGUUUUGGACGGCGAGGUUCGCGUGACUGCGAUUGACUAUGAAGGAGGUAACUUCAUGGACGACCUAAAGACAGGAGACCUGUGGUACUUUCCUAGUGGUGUUCCUCACUCUCUCCAAGGCUUGGGGGAGAAUGGUACGGAAUUUCUGCUCAUCUUCGACGAUGGCAACUUCUCGGAAGAGUCGACUUUCAUUCUCUCUGACUGGCUAGCGCACACACCUAAGUCAGUUAUCUCGAAGAACUUUAACCUAGCCCCAGAAGUCUUCAAGCACAUUCCCAAAGGCGAAAAGUACAUUUUCCAAGGCUCAUACCCAGGCUCGCUGGAAGACGAGAAACCAACCGGAAAGAAUGUGAAGAAGUCGAAGUAUAACUUCACUCAUCGCAUGCUCGAGCAGGAACCCAAGAUCACCACUGGUGGCGAUGUCCGGAUUACGGAUUCCAAGAACUUCCCCAUCUCAAAGACUGUAGCCGCCGCUCACGUCACCAUACAGCCCGGCGCUAUACGAGAGAUGCACUGGCAUCCGAACGCGGAUGAGUGGAACUUCUUCCUCAAGGGUCGAGGUCGUGUCACCAUCUUCGCCGCUGAGGGCACCGCACGGACAUUCGAUUACGUCCCCGGAGACGUGGGCAUCGUACCGCGAAAUAUGGGCCACUUUGUAGAGAAUAUUGGGGACGAGCCCAUCGAGAUGCUCGAGGUCUUCAAAGCCGACGAGUUUAGAGACUUCUCUCUCUUCCAGUGGAUGGGCGAGACCCCCAAGAAGCUUGUUGUCGACCACCUCUUCAAGGACGAUCCUAAGAACGGCGAGAUUUUCUGGAACAAGGUGAAGAGCGCGGAGAAGGAUGAAGUAACGAUGCCAGACUCAUCAAGGUCGACUGCUUCCGACAGUGUUGAUGAACUAUAGCUUACCUCAAGUAGUAGCCUGCUCUCUACGAAGCGGCCACUAGGAUACAAAAUAUAAACCGUCAGUGGAUGCAUGUUAUAAGUAAAGCAGUAUCACCAUGUGUUGCCGUCUUUGGUUACUUCUAUACAAUAAACAU